UGUUUUCACUCAGGUGCUUUUGUUGAUGAGAGUUGUGUCUAACAUCUUGGAGAAUCAGUUGAAAUGGUGGAGUCUUCUGGGAGAACAAAGGGGAAGCUAAGAUGGAGCAAAUUGUAUUCUUUUUCGUGUUUCCGGGCAAACACAGGAGAUGUGCAGGAGCUUAUUGGUCAGCCGGGUUUUUCCAGGGUAGUUUUCUGCAAUGAACCUCAACUACACAAGACCAAACCUUUCAAGUACACCAACAACUAUGUGUCCACAACUAAGUACAAUGUUGUGACUUUUCUUCCCAUAGCACUUUUCGAGCAGUUCCGCAGAGUUGCCAAUCUUUAUUUUCUGUUGACAGCAUGCUUAUCUGUUGUUAAUUUGGCUCCAUAUUCUCCCUCAAGUUUGAUCGCCCCCUUAGUCUUCGUUGUCGGAAUUAGCAUGCUUAAAGAGGCAGUGGAGGAUUGGCAAAGGUUUCUUCAGGAUUUGAGUGUGAAUAACAGAAGUGUAAAGACUCAUUUAGGAAAUGGGAUAUUUGUGGAUAAAUUAUGGAAAGAGCUUUGUGUGGGAGAUGUUGUUAGAGUUAGUAAGGAUGAAUAUUUUCCAAGUGAUCUCCUUCUUCUAUCUUCAAGCUACGAGGAUGGUGUUUGUUAUGUGGAGACCAUGAACCUUGAUGGAGAAACAAGUUUGAAGAUUAAAAGAUGCUUAGAAACCACACUUGGUGUAAAUGAGGAGAAGGAAUUCACUAGAUUCAAAGCUAGUAUUCGUUGUGAGGACCCGAAUCCAAAUCUUUACACCUUUGUGGGGAAUCUAGAGUUUGAAAAUAGAUCAUAUCCCUUGUGUCCUGCCCAGGUGCUUUUAAGAGAUUCGAAACUUCGAAACACUGAUUACAUUUAUGGAGUAGUAAUCUUUAGUGGACAUGAUACAAAAGCAGUAAGAAACUCAACAAGAUCACCAUCUAAGCGUAGUCGGAUUGAAAGAAAGAUGGAUUAUAUCAUCUACCUUCUCUUCUCAAUACUGGUACUAAUUUCAUUCAUUAGCUCCAUUGGUUCUGCUCUUGUUUUGAAAUAUGACAUGGUUAAGUGGUGGUAUCUUCGUCUGCAAAAUGAUGACAGAUAUUUCAAUCCAUCAAAUCCUGUAGUAUCAGCUAUCCUGCAGUUCAUCAGGGCCCUCAUAUUGUAUGGCUACUUGAUCCCCAUUUCUCUGUAUGUUUCCAUAGAAGUUGUGAAAGUUUUACAAGCUAUGCUCAUUAACAAGGAUAUAGAAAUGUAUGAUGAGGUGACAUGUAAGUCUGUUAAAGCACGAACUUCAAAUUUGAAUGAAGAACUGGGUCAGGUAGAAAUGAUUUUAUCAGAUAAAACGGGGACCUUGACUUGUAACCAGAUGGAAUUCAGGAAAUGUUCAAUUGCAGGAAUUUCUUAUGGAGGUGACAUAAAUGAAGUUGAUCUUGCAGCAUCAAGACGAAUGAAUGCUGAUGUCGAGGCAUAUCGAUUUAGUGUUAAUGAUUCUGAUACAACAAGUCAAAGCUACGAAAUGUUUGAGUUCUCGGUGGCUGAUAUUAAUGCUCAAAAGGCUGCUCCAGGUGGCCAUGAAGACAUGGCUAUUCCAAUUCUUGAAAACUCAAAGAUUUCUAAUGUCAGGAAAGAAACAUUUAUAAAGGGUUUCAACUUUAGGGAUGACAGGUUACUGAACAAUAACUGGAUUCACAAAUCGAACUCAAAUGACAUGACAAUGUUCUUCAGAGUCAUGGCUCUAUGUCACACAGGCAUACCUGUGGAAGAUGAUCAUACUGAUAAGCUAAAAUAUGAAGCAGAAUCACCAGAAGAAGUUGCUUUCUUGAUUGCUUCACAAGAGUUCGGGUUCCAAUUUUGUCGAAGAGCUCAAUCCACAAUGGUUCUAAAGGAAGUUGAUCCUUCCUCCGGAAAGGAGAUGGAGAGGGAGUACAAGCUUUUAAAUCUGUUAGAGUUCAGUAGUUCUCGGAAAAGGAUGUCGGUAAUUGUAAGUGAUGAAGAUGGACAGAUCUUUCUCCUUUGCAAAGGGGCUGACAGCAUUAUAUUCAGCAGGCUUGGAGAAAACGGUAGGUCAUACCAGCAGGAAACAACUUCUCACCUUUCAAGUUAUGCAGAAGAUGGUUUACGUACUCUAGCUUUCGCCUAUCGAAAACUUGAGGAGAGUGAAUACCAAAAUUGGAACUUGAUAUUCACAAAGGCUAAAACUACAGUAGGUCCUCAACGGGAGGAGUUACUAGAGAAAGCAUCAGAAAUGAUUGAAAAAGAUCUGAUUUUGCUUGGGGUAGCCGCUGUUGAAGACAAGUUACAGAAAGGGGUUCCAGAGUGCAUUGAUAAGCUUGCUCAAGCUGGGCUGAAAAUAUGGCUGCUCACCGGUGACAAGAAGGAAACCGCGAUAAAUAUUGGAUUUGCGUGCAGCUUGCUUCGCCAGGAUAUGAAACAAUUUGACAUAAGUAUGAGCAAAGAAGUUGAGUCUAACAACCAAUUGCAGGCUAUGAAAGCAGAAGUUUUAGAAAAAAUUGGAAGCUUUUACCGACUGAUGUGUGAAGAAAGCAAUAAGGAUUCACCUUUUUCCUUGGUGAUAGAUGGAAAAGCUCUUGAAAUUGCUUUGAGAAAUGAUGUGAGGGACCAGUUCUUACAAUUGGCUAUUAACUGUGCUUCUGUUAUAUGCUGCCGUGUGUCCCCUAAACAGAAAGCUCUGAUCACAAGAUUGGUGAAAAAAUAUACGGGCAAGACAACUUUGGCAAUAGGAGAUGGAGCAAAUGAUGCGGUCAUGGCUAGCGACUUCUCAUUACCACAGUUCCGUUUCCUAGAAAGACUGCUUAUAGUUCAUGGACAUUGGUGUUACAAGAGAAUCUCCAAGAUGGUUCUCUAUUUUGUAUACAAGAACAUUGCAUUUGGCCUCACCUUAUUCUACUAUGAAUUAUACACAAGUUUCUCCGGAGAGGUCUUAUAUGAUGAUUGGUAUAUGGUAAUGUUCAAUGUAAUGUUGACAUCCUUACCGGUUAUAUCAUUAGGAGUCUUUGAGCAGGAUGUUUCCUCAGAUUUAUGCCUCCAGUUUCCAGCCCUUUACCGACAAGGCCAAAAGAAUGUAUACUUCAGCUGGAGCCGGAUCAUUGGUUGGAUAUUGAACGGUGUGGUUGCUUCUCUGGUAAUCUUCCUAUCCAAUAUAUACAUUCUUUCCCCCACUGCAUUCCGGGAAAACGGACAGGUUUCUGAUAUUGCACAGCUUGGUGCAAUCACAUACACCUGCAUAAUCUGGACUGUCAACUGCCAAAUGGCGCUUGUAAUCACUCACUUCACUUGGAUUCAACAUCUAUUCAUCUGGGGUAGCAUCCUGUUGUGGUACAUUUUCCUCUUCCUGUAUGGCGCGCUCCCACCUGACUACUCCUACCGCACAUUUCAUCUCCUCCUGGAGGCUGUUGGACCUGCACCACUAUACUGGAUGGUCACAUUGCUGGUAGUGAUCGUUUCGCUACUUCCUUACUUCCUACACAUCGCCAUUCAACGAUCGUUCUUUCCUAUGGACGAUCACGUCAUACAAGAAAUGAAAUAUUACCGGAAAGAUGUGACAGAAAACCAAAUAUGGCUGAGGGAACAACACAACUCUCAGAUAAUGACUCAAAUUGGAUUCUCUGCAAGAGUAGAUGCAAGAGUUCAAGCAUUCAGAGGACAGUUGCACCAAAGAAAAAUAUUGAUACAAAGAUCUGUUACAAACAGCCCUAUAUAUAAAUAAUUGGCACAUAGAAGCUUGUUUUGAAAGGGUGUUACAUGUUUUUGGAUUUCUU